CCCACUCUCACCUUCAUCACCUCACUCUCACCUUCAUCACCCCACUCUCACCUUCAUCACCCCACUCUCACCUUCAUCACCUCACUCUCACCUUCAGCACCCCACUCUCACCUUCUUCAACUCACUCUCACCCCAUUCACUAUCUCACUCCUCCUCUUCAUCAUGCCAUUUACUAUCUCACUGUUGGAGUAAACCCAAAGGUGGUUGUAUUAUUUGAGUCUGGGAUUAAUAAAAGGGUAAACUGGGUCGGUGCUGGUUCUGGGAUUAAUAAAAGAGUAAACUGGGUCGGUGCUGGUUCUGGGAUUAAUAAGAGGGUAAACUGGGUCGUGCUGGUUCUGGGAUUAAUAAAAGGGUAAAUUGGGUCGGUGCUGGUUCUGGGAUUAAUAAGAGGGUAAACUGGGUCGUGCUGGUUCUGGGAUUAAUAAAAGGGUAAACUGGGUCGGUGCUGGUUCUGGGAUUAAUAAGAGGGUAAACUGGGUCGUGCUGGUUCUGGGAUUAAUAAAAGGGUAAACUGGGUCGGUGCUGGUUCUGGGAUUAAUAAGAGGGUAAACUGGGUCGUGCUGGUUCUGGGAUUAAUAAGAGGGUAAACUGGGUCGGUGCUGGUUCUGGGAUUAAUAAGAGGGUAAACUGGGUCGUGCUGGUUCUGGUUUGUGGUUAUUUUUGGAAAGUUCUGGACCAUUAGCUUUCUUUCGCCCACCAAACUCAUUAUCACCCGUAUUACAGACCAGCAGACAUGACCUCGCAUCACACUGAGUGUGAGUAAGUGUGUGUAUAGUGUGUAUAAUGUGUGUGUAUGUGUGUGUGUAUAUUGUGAGUGUGUGUGUGUGUUUUGAGUUCCAGUAUUAUCUAUGUCAUUCUUUUGAAGUUUUUUGAAGGCUGUUUUUGGGUCAGACGUGACGUUUUCUUCUCGUAUACCCAAAAAUCUCGCUAAUCUUUACGAAAUUAUUCCUGAAAAAAAAAAAAUUCUUCACUCAGAUCUCUCUCUCUCUCUCUUUCUCUCUUUCUCUCUCUCUCUCUCUCACACACACACACACACACACACACACAUUAUAUCCUCACUCUCUCUCUCUGGGUUAAUGAAUAAACUCUGAGUGUUCAUUUACUUGUUAAUUAGAUUUUUAUUGCUGCUGUAACACUUUUACACAUACUCUAACACACACACACACACACAGGAAGUGGGAGGGUAUAUAAGGAGAAGGGGUGGUUUAAGAGACUAAACACUGAGAUGAAGCUCCUCAACUCUCUGCUCUACCUGGCCUUCAGUGUAGUGUUCUCUUUAAGUUCAUCUAUGAGCCGCUCACCUGAGUUGGACCAUGUGACUGUGAUGUCAUCAUCAGGGGAGGAGCUUCAGAGUGCUAUGGGGGAGGAGCUUGAGUCUGAAGGAGCAUCAGGUUUAUUUACAGCCCCUCCUUUACUGAGAGUUUCUCCUGGAGGGUGGGAGGAGUCUCGGGGGCGUGGGGGGAGGCGGAGGCAGGGUGGGAGGAGGAGGAGCAGAGGUCAUGUGACUGUAGGGCAGCAGCUUACCUUCAGCACCCCAGACCCCUGCAGGACCACCCACUCCGACUACUGCAUCCACGGACACUGUACCUACCUGCAGGACCUGCACGAACCCGUCUGUGUGUGUAUGAAGGGAUAUGACGGCGUGCGGUGUGGGAUCCAGUUGAUGCAGACGUCCUCGGGUUCUGGUUCUGACCGGCUGGAUGAUCAAUCACACACACACACACACACACACACCCUGCAGCUCAUCCUCGUCAUCAUCGCCGUCGUCCUGUCAAUCAUCAGCUGCUCCGCCAUCAUCAUCAUCAUCACUGUGCAGUAUAAAGCUCAGCACAGUUUCCAGGCUGCGUUUUUGAGCUCGAAUUCUGAGAAAGAGAAGCUGCAGAAGAGCCCAUCAGCCUGAGAACAGCUUUAUAACUGAGUUAUUACAGGCUACAACUGUUAUUACCCUGCAAACACUGUUAUUACCCUGUUACUAUAGUAUAAACACUGUUAUUACCCUGUUACUAUAGUGUAAACACUGGUAUUACCCUGUUACUAUAGUGUAAACACUGUUAUUACCCUGUUACUAUAGUGUAAACACUGGUAUUACCCUGUUAUUGCACAGUAAAUGCUGGUAUUACCCUGUUAUUACACAGUAAACAUUGGUAUUACCCUGUUAUUACACUGUGAACACUGUUAUCACCUUGUUAUUACACUGUAAAAACUAAUAUUACACUGUUAUUACCCUGUAAACACUGGUAUUACUCUGAAAUUAUUACACUGUUAUUGUAUUACUGACGGUUUUAAUUGUACAAUAUUUCUAAUACACACAUAUUUGUUCAUUAAUUAA